AAAUUUAGUAGUGUGGGUUAAUCACUCCGUUGCAGUGCGUCCCUAUAAAGCCUGGAUACCGCUCCGGUCCACUUAUACUCAACUGCGACAUCACUCUGACACAAUCUGUGCAUGGCAGACCAACAACUCCGGCGUCAAAGAAUGAAACACAGGCGUCUGCUGCUUCCACUGCCUCUUCUACCCACUAUCACUGAAACACUGGAGGACUCGACUUCACAGAGUGUUUCUGUCUAUCCCGCAUCCUCCCAGUCUGCCCAGAGCUCCCAGUCUCUAGAGGACUACAUGGCCAGCAUACAGGCCCUGGCUUGUCCAGCUGAAGCCCCAAGCUGUGGACCUGUCAGAAUCCAGAGGUCCCCCAGGCUCCGGCAGUUUUCAAAGGCUCAGAUGAAGCUCUCCACAUCAGCUUCACUUCCUCGCGGAUCUCCCCGCACCCUAAGGACUUCCAGGCUUUCCAGUCUGAGUCUCAACAGUUCAGAGGAUUUUUCUCUCAGGAUUGCCAGAGACUGCAGGGGCAAAGACCCUGUUGAUUGGCUGUUUGGACAGAUACGGCCUUGAAAGGACAUGAUGCUCAGAAAAGCACUGCAGACACUUUGGUAGAGUCUCUUAUAAGGAAACUUGCUGGAGGAGCCUGAACAAUGCAAUUUGAUCAAGACAAACCCCAUGAGAAUCACCAUAAGGUUCUGAAAAACAUGAAGAACUAUUUAUUAUUUAUGCAGUGAGGACCCUGCAUUCUACAUGUUUACACUGUUUAUUAGUUUCACCAAAAUGUUAAUAAUAUGAUUUUUAAUAAAAUGCAAAAAUAAUGACGGAAA